CAGGUGAGCUACAGGGCGCGAGGGUGCGUCGGUGGCUGCCCACUGAGGCGCCAAGGGCAUUCACCCCCCCCGGGUCGUGGUUUUGUGAGCCGGAGACAGAGCUUAGAAAUCAGAUGACUGUCCCGUGGGGCAGGGUUCCUGGGGUGUCUGCGAGCCACUCGGCUGAAAUGACGUGGCCGGAGGAACUCGGGAGACCGCGCGCGGGUUUUCUGGUCAUUUUACUCAGCUUCUCUUUUCCAGGCGCAUACUGCGAGCUGGUGGUUUCCCCCGUCGGCCCUACCUGGGUCAACGCGAUAGCCGGCAGCAGCGUGACCCUGGCGGUGUCCUUCAGUGGUGCCCCCGACCCGGCGGUCACCUGGUUCAUGGGGGAUUUGCCCGUCGUCACGUGGACAAUUAACUCCGACACCCCCCCGGACGUCGCCCAACGCCACAGGGGGGUGCUGAGGAUGGAGAGAGAUGGGUCCCUGACUUUUGUCAACGUGUCGCUUGGCUACACCGGCGGCUACAGCACUGAAAUGACCAAGUCGGGACUGAAUAAAGCGGCGGCGAAUUUCACUUUGGAGGUGUUCGAAAACAUCCAGAGCGUGGAGCUGAGCGUGCAGCCGGAUUUCGUGAAAGAGGGCACUGAGCGGCUCACCCUGCAGUACAGCAUGUUGCGAGGAGUGGUUGAGAAGCAGAUGUGGUUCCUCAACGGCGGCGAGAUAAAACCCAGCUCGCGCUACUCGGUUGAGCAGAGGAGCCUUGUGAUCCUCAGUCCGAACCGAAGUGACACAGGACGGUACGCGGUGUUACUGACGAACCCCUUCAGCAGUGGGACAGCUCACGUGAAUGUCACUGUGCUGUAUGGACCAGAUGAGCCCGUCCUCGAGGCCCGUCCAGCUCAGCCUUUCUAUGUACCCGGGGACUCUCUGAGCCUCUUCUGCCAGGCUGAAGGAUUCCCACAGCCGACUGCCGAGUGGGCGUUUGGCGGUCAGACCCUUUCUGAUUCCCGCAAAGGCGUCCUAAAUCGAACAAAUGUACAGACCAGUCAAGGAGGCGUUUACACAUGCACAGUGUUCAAUGAGCAGACUACAGAGAGGCGCCAAAAGAGCAUGAUUUUAAAUGUUUACGAGAAGCCGGCGGGCAACCCGAUGUGCUCGGUACGGUCGGCUAAUGUGAACGCCGACCUGCAGUAUCACUGUCGGUGGUCGGGGGGAACCCCACAGGCCCAGCUGUCUUUCCCAGCACUGAGCGACACCAGCAGUGGAGCAGGGAACUUCAGCCUGACUGUCACCGCCUCAGAUUACUUCAACGGGAAAACCGUCACGUGCGUGGCAGUCCACCCAGUUGAAGAGAAUAAGUGCAAUGUGACUGCGAGUGGUCCAGUGGAGUUCCUCCCAGCUGUGAGAACGACAGUUGACUCUGAGGGCAAAAUAGUGGUCGCUAUCCACUGUGUCAGUGAGGCCUCGCCCAAGGCUGUGGUGUCAUGGUCCAAAGGCAGCGAGGCUGUCGCCAGCGGGACAACAUACCAGAUCGGCAGCGACACGGCACAGCUCAAGAUUCGGGACUACAAUGUCAGCUACUUUCUCCUCCAAAACUACACCUGCACCUGCCGCAACCCACUGGGCAGCCAGAGAAGGGAAAUACAGUUAGGAGGGCCGUCGAUCUCGGAUUCCAGUUUGUUCCCUAAUCAAGAUGGAACCAUCAUCACAUUGACCUGGGAGGUCCCGCCCACCUCUGUUGUUACAGGGUUUGACAUCCAGAUGAAAGGACCAGAGCUCCUGAGCGAAAACCGUAAUGGCAGCCAAACCAGAGGCACCUCAAACACAUAUCGCACCAUCCAGCAGAAACCUGGCUCCGCUCGGAGUGCGGACAUCUUUGCGCUCAAUCCCAGCUUGACGUACCGGUUUCGGGUCAUCCCCAAAGCUCGUAUGACUGAAGGAGAGCCGUCCGAGGUUCAUAGAAUCGGUCCAGGUGAAGGGCUGAGUGGUCCUGCCAUUGCUGGCAUUGCAGCUGGAAUCCCCUGCAGCCUUCUCUUCCUGCUCCUGCUGGGUGGCAUCAUCUACCUCUGCGUGUACUGCAACAAAAACAAAAGUCGGCAGACAAGAUAUCCAGUAUCCAGAGCAGUUGAGAAGGCAAUAACAACCCAGUCAGAUACAGCUCCUCAUAACCUGCUGACCGGAGGGCUGAAGUCCCAACCUGAUUACAACAGGUUUCAGCAGACUCCCUCUGAAAGAUCAGUGGCUCUCCCCACAUUUGUCGCUCCACCGCCUGUCAGAGUUGCUACAACUGUCUAAACUACAAAAUUGGUUUCGAUGUGUAUAUUUUUGUAUAGCAUUCUUUCAUUUUUAAAUUUUUUAAUCUGAGAUUUUCUAUAUUUGUAAUCGUUUUUUUUCUUUAAAACUAAAACAAGGAUUAAUGUCAUAAACCGAAAUAAAGCUCAGUUUUGUAACAAUAUUUAUUGAUAAAUAAAUUUAAGUUUUAAGUUAU